AUGAGAAUUUAUUUUGAUGAAAUUGAUAAAUUAGUUGAUAGAAUACAACAAAAUUAUAAGAACAAGGAUAAGAGGUACUUGAUAUCAUUGGCUGGUGUACCUGGGAGUGGUAAGACUACUUUUGCUAAUUUAAUUGUUGAAAAGUUGGAAAUUGUAGGUAAAUCUAUUGUAUUGUCUCAAGAUGGUUAUCAUUUAUAUCGACAUGAACUUGCAAAAUUAAAUGAUCCAGAAGAGGCAGUUAGGAGACGAGGUGCUCCAUUCACUUUCAAUUCUCGUAAAUUUGUUGAGUUUGUAAAGAAAUUAAAAGAAAGAAGUGUUGUUAAAGCUCCUUCUUUUGAUCAUGCUAUUAAAGAUCCAAUUGAGAAUGAUAUUAUAAUUGUUGAGAGUAUUGAUAUUGUAAUUAUUGAAGGCAAUUAUGUUAGUUUGAAAGAUGAACCAUGGUCUGAAAUUAGUGAAUUUAUGGAUGAUACUUGGUUCAUCAUUACUCCUCCAGAUCUUGUCAGAUCUCGGAUUAUUAAAAGACAUUUAGAUUCUGGAAUUGCUCAAACGGAAUUAGAGGCAAUUGAAAGAGCCGAUGGUAAUGAUUUAAUAAAUGCUAAUUAUAUUAUAUCAAAUUCUAAACAAUCUAAUGUUUUAAUAAUUACAAGAUGA